AUGGCCUUUCAAUUAGGAACUUCUUCCUCUUCUUCAUUGCCAUUAUCUCCUUUCAUCCCUUCACAGAAUCAUGAUGUAUUCUUAAGCUUUAGAGGUAAAGAUGUUCGCCACAAGUUUAUUGCUCAUCUAAACCGAGCUUUACGUCAAAGUGGAAUCAAGACUUACAUGGAUGGUGUCGACCUUGAGAGAGGAGAACAAAUUUCAUCAGAACUUUUUAAAGCUAUUGAAGAGUCAAGAAUUUUAAUCAUUGUACUUUCUAAAAACUAUGCAGAAUCCAAAUGGUGCUUGGACGAGUUAUUCAAGAUUCUUGAGUGCAGAAAAACAUUCAAACAAACUGUUCUACCGAUAUUCUAUGAGAUAAAACCAUCAGACGUACGAGAUCAAAAAGGAAGCUUUGGAGAAGCAUUCACUAAACUUGGAAAGAAUAUCAAGGAUGACAUAAAGCUGCUAGAGUAUUGGAAGGAAGCUCUAGAAGAAGUAGCCAAAUUGGCCGGGUUGGAAUAUAUAGCGUUCGGGGAUGAUGAGUCGGAAUUUAUCCAAAACAUCAUUGGGUGGAUCAACUCAAGAAUAGUAAACCAAACACCUCUAAGCGUUGCCAAAUAUCCAGUUGGGAUAGAGUCUCGGAUAUUCGGAUUCGGUGGAAUUGGUAAGACGACUAUUUCAGAAGAUAUGUAUAACCAGAUUUCCUCUCAAUUUGAAGGAAGUUGUUUCUUGAGUAAUAUUAGAGAAAUUUCAGAACAAGCAGGAGGUUUGAUUUGGCUGCAAAAUACCCUUCUUGUUGAUAUUUUAGGAACAAGUUUGGAUGUUCAUGAUACUGACAAAGGAAUGAAUAUGAUUAAGGACAGACUUUGUUCUAAAAGGGUUCUUCUAAUUCUUGAUGAUGUGGAUGAGUUGGUCCAAAUUGAAAAAUUAGUUGGAGAUCGUAGUUGA